AUCAAUACUGGCGUAGGUUGUCAAUUGCUUUUAAGGAUUAACAAGAGUUUGAGAGUGGGUGGAUUGGUUAGUUGGGUGGCCCCGUCCUUUUCGUGUACUUCACUUGUUAAAAAAUUUCAGUUGGGGUUUUAAGUGGUACAAGUGAUAGAUGGUCGUGUUUAUAAAUGAGGAGGGUCUUAGCUUUGUGCUGCAAUCGUCUUAAGCAUAAGCAAAACCAAACCCAGAAGGAGAACAAUCCUCAGAGAUCAGAAGAAGCCAUGGAGAACUUGAAGAUUGAAAAUGCCGCCGACGAUUCAAAGAAUGUGAACCGAGAUAUGGUAAAUUCUAGUAGUCAAGGUACAAAUAUCAUAGUGAACCAUGAUUUCUGUGGAGGGUUGCAAUCCUGGCACCCCAAUUGCUGUGAGGGCUAUGUAGUUUCAGCUGAUUCUGUCCACCAACAAGCAAAUUCGGGUGGAAACUACGCGGUUGUUACCAAUCGGAAAGAAUGCUGGCAGGGAUUGGAGCAGAAUAUCACUGGGAGAGUGUCCCCUGGUUCGACUUACUUGGUUUCGGCUUCUGUUGGGGUCUCGGGACCUCUCCAGGGAUGUGUUGAUGUUCUGGCAACAGUGAAAAUGGAAUGCAAAGGUUCUGAAACUAAGUAUUCUCUGGUGGGGAGAAGUUCUGUAUCAACUGGGAAAUGGGAAAAGUUGGAAGGCAAAUUUACACUGUCAACAAUGCCUGACAAGGCUGUGUUUUACUUGGAAGGGCCUUCUCCUGAAAUUGACUUGCUUAUACAAUCUGUAGUGAUAUCUUGUUCUAGUCCAAAGGAACGGCGGCAGGGAAAUGUUAGUCCUGGAGAUGAAGAUGUAGUCCUAAACCCAAACUUUGAGGAUGGCUUGAGUAAUUGGACCGGAAGAAGCUGCAAAGUUGUUUUACAUGACUCGAUGGGAGAUGGAAAAAUCGUCCCUCAGUCUGGAAAAGUUUUUGCUGCUGCAACAGAACGCACACAGAAUUGGAAUGGCAUUCAGCAGGAUAUUACUGGGAGAGUGCAGCGCAAGCUAGCUUACGAGGCUACCGCUGUUGUCCGCAUAUUUGGUAACAAUGUGACUAGUUCUGUUGUGCGUGCUACCUUAUGGGUGCAGUCACCGAAUGGUCGUGAACAGUAUAUUGGCAUUUCUAAUAUACAGGCAACAGACAAGGAUUGGGCACAGUUGAAGGGGAAAUUUCUCUUAAACGGAUCCCCAUCCAAAGUAGUCAUAUAUUUAGAAGGUCCACCAGCAGGAACCGAUAUUCUUGUCAACAGUAUCGUUGUCAAGCACGCAGAGAAAGCCCCUCCUUCCUCUCCACCAGAUAUCGAGAAUCCUGGUUUUGGAGUAAAUAUAAUUGAUAACAGCAAUCUAAGUAAUGGCACCAAUGGGUGGUUUCCUCUUGGUAAUUGCACUUUGAGUGUGGGAACUGGUUCACCACAUAUACUUCCUCCAAUGGCGAGAGACAGCCUUGGUGCACAUGAACCUUUAAGUGGUCGCUACAUACUUGUAACCAAGCGCACGCAGACUUGGAUGGGUCCUGCUCAGAUGAUUGGUGACAAAUUGAAACUCUUUUUGACAUAUCAAGUAUCUGCUUGGGUUCGGAUUGGUGCUGGAGCAACUGGUCCACAAAAUGUAAACAUUGCACUUGGUGUGGACAAUCAGUGGGUGAAUGGAGGCCAAGCUGAGGUGGGUGACAACAGAUGGCAUGAAAUUGGUGGUUCCUUUAGAAUUGAGAAACAGCCGGCCAAAGUGAUGGUGUAUAUCCAAGGUCCUGCUCCAGGUGUAGACUUGAUGGUUGCUGGAGUGCAGAUAUUUGCUGUUGACAGACAUGCAAGAUUUAGACACUUGAAGAAGCAGACUGAGAUGAUCCGUAAGCGCGAUGUUGUCUUAAAAUUUUCAGGAUUAGACUUGAGCAGUGGAUAUGGCUUCGUAAAAAUUAAACAAUCACAAAACAGUUUUCCAUUUGGGACGUGCAUAAGCAGGACGAAUAUUGACAAUGAAGAUUUUGUUGAUUUCUUCGUGAAAAACUUCAACUGGUCUGUAUUUGGAAAUGAACUGAAAUGGUAUUGGACUGAACCUCAAAAGGGAAAUUUCAAUUAUAAAGAUGCUGAUGAGAUGGUGGAUUUGUGCAUGAGUCACAACAUUGAUUUGCGUGGCCAUUGUAUCUAUUGGGAAGUGGUGGACACAGUCCAGCAAUGGAUCCGUUCGUUGAGCCAAAAUGACUUGUCAACUGCUGUCCAAAGUCGAGUAACAGACCUUCUCACCCGAUACAAAGGGAAGUUCAGGCACUAUGAUGUCAAUAAUGAAAUGCUGCAUGGUUCAUUUUAUCAGGACAAAUUGGGUAAAAAUAUCAGAGCCAACAUGUUCAAGACGGCAAACCAACUGGAUCCAUCUGCACUCCUAUUUGUGAAUGAUUAUCACGUCGAGGAUGGUUGUGAUACCAGAUCAUCACCAGAAAAGUACAUUGAACAGAUCCUUGAUUUGCAACUACAAGGUGCUCCAGUUGGUGGGAUUGGAAUUCAAGGACAUAUUGAUAGUCCAGUAGGUCCAAUUGUUUGUUCUGCUCUUGAUAAAUUGGGCAUCCUUGGCCUUCCGAUCUGGUUCACAGAACUUGACGUCUCAUCCAGCAACGAAUGUGUUCGUGCAGAUGACUUGGAGGUAAUGCUUAGAGAAGCAUUUGCCAAUCCCUCAGUAGAAGGCGUAGUCAUGUGGGGUUUCUGGGAGCUGUUCAUGAGCCGUGAAAAUUCGCAUCUAGUGAAUGCCGAAGGGGACAUCAACGAAGCUGGAAAGCGUUACUUGCAACUCAAGCAAGAGUGGCUCUCCCAUGCUCAUGGACACAUUGACGAACAGGGACAGUUCAGGUUUAGAGGCUUCCAUGGAACAUACACUAUAGAGAUCGUUACCGCGUCUAAGAAAGUUCAAAAGACAUUUGUGGUCGACAAGGGCGAUGACUCCCCAUUUGAGGUCUCCAUUGCUCUAUAACUCUGCUGCUUCAAUCUCUUCCAUUCUUUUCAAGCAAGGGUUGCAUCAAUACACUACCUCAUUCACUUGUAUGUAUAUUUCCGAUCACUGAAAUAAUACCAUAUCUUUUGAAUUACUAUGGGCCAAGCCCACCAAGG